UUGGUUGUCAAAAGCUUUGUUUACACGGCAGUGUGAUUGAGAACCGGGAAGAAAUAAUCGCCGAUUACGGUUUGUUUUCCUGGGAUUCCUUAAGUGAAACCGUGAUAAAAUGGCAGGGGAAGUGCUGGUGGAUGCACUUCCGUACAUCGAUCUGGGCUACGAUGAUCCGGGAGUGCGGGAAGCGGCAAUCGCCAUGGUGGAGGAGGAAUGUCGCCGAUACCGACCCACGAAGAACUACCUGGAACACCUCCCAGCGCUGAACACGGCCGCUUUUGAGACCGUUCUGAUGACGACGGAAUUCGAACGAAUCCAGAACCGGUUGCCAAUGGAACCGCUGAGCAUGAAACGGUACGAACUGCCCCCACCUCCGGCUGGCAAAAUGUCAGAGGUGUCAUCAUGGUGCGAAAGUGUGGACAACUCGAUGGCACAGCUGGAACAUCAAGCCGUCCGUGCGAUGAACCUCGAUCUGAUGAUGGAGUAUGGGUGUGAAAUGUGGAAAUCUUAUCUGGAGGUGUUGACUGCGAUGCAAGCUAAAGCUCAAGCUCGGUUGGAGGCUAUCAAGAAGGAAAUCCAAGACGUUAAUUGGAAGCGGAAAUCAAAGCAGACACAAGGUGGCGAAAAGCUGCGCUCCCUCGAAGCACAAUGGGUAAUGUUGGUGUCUAAGAAUUACGAAAUAGAACAAGCGUGCGCUAAGCUUGAGGAGAGAAUUUAUCAAAAGAAAAACCAAAUGUUAGCUCACGAUAAGAAAUAAGAAGAAUACAAUAAUACAUAUAAAACCACAA